GAAAUGACUUGGAUGAAAAGGGUUUUGCCCAUUAUAUCAAUAAGGCGAAAAACCAACUAAGAUUACUUUGUUCGUUAGUAAGAGAUUUAAAUAUUCGCAUAAGCGAAUCUGAAUUCCAAAUACAG